GGGGAGUGCGCAGGCGCGGGCGCGGCGCCGUGCGGGGGGCGAUGCGGUAGCGGCGGCGGUUGGGGCCGGGCGCGGCGGCGACAUGACCCAGCAGGGCGCCGCGCUGCAGAACUACAACAACGAGCUGGUCAAGUGCAUCGAGGAGCUGUGCCAGAAGCGCGAGGAGCUGUGCCGGCAGAUCCAGCAGGAGGAGGACGAGAAGCAGCGGCUGCAGAACGACGUGCGGCAGCUCACCGAGAAGCUGGCCCGCGUGAACGAGAACCUGGCCCGCAAGAUCGCGUCCCGCAACGAGUUCGACCGCACCAUCGCCGAGACGGAGGCCGCCUACCUCAAGAUCCUGGAGAGCUCGCAGACGCUGCUCAGCGUGCUCAAGCGCGAGGCGGGCAACCUGAGCAAGGCCACGGCGCCCGAGCAGAAGAGCAGCGCCGCCAAGGACAGCUGAGCCGCGUGGCGGGGGCCGCGACGUCCCGGCCCUCCGCACCCCGCUCGCGGCACCCAUGGCCGGCCCUUCCCCUUGGGCCCUGGCCAGCGGCGCCGGCCACCAGAGCGGGGGGGGGGGGGG